UCCAGAGACAAGCGAGACUAUACUACACAGCUUCCCAGUCCCACAGCUUGGGCCUCCUUCUUCUGGAACACACAGAUGUCAGAAAUUGAGCUGGAAAAGAUAAAAGUAAGAACAUCUGAGCAUUUUGAAAAUGAUAAAAAUAACAUUUCUUGGUUGAAGGAAGAUACACAACUCGCAAAUGAAAAGCAUGCAGAUGAGAAAUCCAUUAAUGCCAUCGUUAUAAAUUCAGUAUCUGAAUUCAAUAUCACAGAUGGACCAGCCAAAGAAACCCCCAAUGAAAAAAACCUGUCAGAAUCCAGCACAUCACUGUCCUCCCUUGAAGAAUGCCAAACGAAAUUUUCCUACCUCCAAACUGAUACUUCAGUUCAUCAGAGAGACACUGAUGAAGAGUGUGCCUCCCUGAUCCUCACCUGUCUGUUUUGCCAGUUUUGGGAAUGUCUCCUGAUGCUCCCCAGUACAUGCGAAACAGUGUGUACCAACUUGUGCUGCCCCUCUCACAGAUACCACCACACCUCGGAUGAAAGCCAUUCACGAAAUGAUUGUAACUGCAACUGUGACAUGGACUGCAGCCUUUUUGAAUCUUGUCAUGAGACCAGUGACUGUCUGGAAUUAGCCAUGGAGAUUUCAGAAAUCUGCUACCGCUAG